UGCGGAGUGGAAACCGAUUGGCGAUUAGAACAGCAGCAAUGCCUUUGGAGCCCACAACAAUAUUGCGUACACCGUUCUACGAUGAUGUGCCACGUGCCUUUGUACGCAGCGGUGAGAAUAUCAGCGAUUCAACGCUCUUUGGACCCUACGCACAGACCAUAUGGAAUUUCGCCAACAAACAUCAUAUGUUCCUUGAAAUCAAUCGUGAUUUGAGUGAAAACUACUCGGAGAUCUACGAACGCAUACAUAGCGGCGAGUAUAAUCUGGCGAUGAACGGCGCUACGCUGGUCAAUCAUGUGCGACGUAAUAUACAAUUCAGUUAUCCACUCUAUUGGGUGAAGAGCUGCGUAAUGGUGCCGUUGGAGGAUGAGUUGCCGAAGUAUUGGUAUAUCGUAUGGCCCUUCGGACGUUACAUUUAUUCCUGCCUACUCUUCGGUAUCUUCUAUAUAGCCAUAUUGAUGCGUUACAUAGAAUAUCCGACUAAUGCAAGGAAGCCGACUCGUUCCAUAACACGUAAUAUACUGCACAGCAGCGCCAUCAUUUUGUUUAGCUCGAAUAUGAAUGUGCAGCUGAAGAAUGCACACGUACGCGUACUGUUCUUCUAUACGCUACUCUUCGUGUUCGGCUUUAUAUUGGCCGCCUAUCAUGCACCCUACUUGACCGCGUAUAAUAUGAAGCCCGUAUUUGUGCCGCCCAUCAAUACGGUGGACGAUCUGCUGAAUGCUAACAUAAAUGUGUUGAUCACGUUGGGUGACUUUGCGGAGAUCAAGCAAAAUAGUGUGGAGAAUAUACUCGCAUUGUCGCGUUUGCUGCGCGAGUUGCCAUGACAGGAGUUUCAAGAUAUCUUAGAUAAAUUGAAUCGCAAUUACGCUUAUGUGGUCACCGAGGAUCAAUGGAAUUUUCUCAAUCGUCAACAACGCAUACUUAUACAGCCGUAUUUUCAUCUCUCGAAGAUCUGUUUCGGCACCGUCUUCAAGGCUAUACCGUUGCAACGUGAUGCCGCUUGGUUUGAGACGCUUAAUCUAUUCACUUUAAUUAUACGCGAGUCGGGUCUAUGGG